UUCCACCCACUAACAUUUCCCGCUCAUCCUCCGCCUCCACAACCCCGCCGCGCCGCCACCAUCCUCCUCCCCUCCCACCAUGUCAACAAACACCACCCCCACUUCCCAAUCCUCGCAUCCCCCUCCUCCUCCGCCAACCACACCAGGCGCCCCGCCGCCGCCGCCCCUCACCGGCCACGCCACAGCCCCGCCUUCCUCGACCACAGCGUGGACAUGGAAGACCUCCUCCCCUCCAUCCACAGCACCUCCGACGACCGCCUGCUCUUCGCCCUAAUGUCCCCUUACAAGAACCGCCCCCUCUCCAUCCGCUUCCUCGUCUCCCUCCUCUCCCGCGAGCCCGACUGGCGCCGCUCCCUCGCCCUCCUCGACUGGAUGCACGACGAGGCCAGCUACACCCCCUCCGUCUUCGCCUACAACGUCGCCCUCCGCAACGUCCUCCGCGCCAAGCAGUGGGAGGUCGCCCACGGCCUGUUCGACGAAAUGCGCCACAGAGCCCUCUCCCCCGAUAGGUACACUUAUUCCACCCUCAUCACUCAAUUCGGCAAGGAGGGCCUCUUCAACGACGCAUUAUCCUGGCUUCAGAAGAUGGAGCACGAUCGAAUCACAGGGGACUUGUCCUUGUACCUCAAUUUGAUUGAGUUGUCUCGUAUGCUCUGUGAUUACUCCAAGGCGAUUGCAAUUUUUUCUAGGUUGAAGAAGUCAGGCAUCACUCCUGAUCUUGUUGCGUAUAAUUCAAUGAUCAAUGUGUAUGGAUGAAAGGCGAAGCUUUUCCGUGAGGCGAGGUCUUUGAUCGAUGAAAUGAAAGAUGCGGAGGUGAUGCCGGAUACAGUGAGUUACUCGACGCUCUUAACAAUGUACGUUGAGAAUCACAAGUUUCUCGACGCUCUGUCUCUGUUCUCUGAGAUGAGGGAGACGAAUUGCUCGCUUGAUCUCACGUCGUGUAACAUAAUGAUCGAAGUCUAUGGGCAGCUUGACAUGGCGAAGGAGGCGGAUAUGCUGUUCUGGAGCAUGAGGAAGCUCGGGAUUGAGCUGAAUGUGGUUAGCUACAAUACUCUCUUGAGAGUGUAUGGCGAUGCCAAGCUUUUUGGUGAGGCGAUACAUUUGUUUAGGUUGAUGCAGAGGAAGAGCAUUGAUCAGAACGUUGUGACAUACAAUACUAUGAUAACGAUAUAUGGAAAAACAAUGGAGCAUGGAAAGGCUAAUAAUCUGAUUCAAGAGAUGCAGAGCAGAGGGAUUGAGCCGAACACCAUAACUUAUUCGACCAUAAUCUCGAUUUGGGGGAAGGCAGGGAAGCUAGACCGUGCUGCUAUGCUGUUUCAGAAGCUCUGUAGCUCUGGCAUCGUGGUUGAUCAGGUUUUAUACCAGACUAUGAUUGUGGCAUAUGAGAGGGCCGGUUUGGUCGGCCACGCUAAGCGCCUUCUCCACGAGCUGAGGCACCCAAGCAACAUCCCUAGAGAGACCGCCAUUCUCAUCCUGGCUGGAGCCGGGCGGGUCGAGGAGGCCACUUGGGUGUUCAGGCAGGCAGCCGAGGCAGGGGAGAUCAAGGAUAUAGCGGUGUUUGAGCGGAUGAUGAGCCUGUUCUCGAAAUACAAGAAAGCGGAUGAUGAGCCUGUUCUCGAAAUACAAGGAGUAUGGGAAUGUGGUUGA